GUCGUUUUAUUGACGUGUAGGGUGCACUUAUUCUGCCUUUGUGAUCCAAGAAUUGCUUCAUCAUGGGAUAAUGGCUGUUGUGUUCCUGCGGUUUCGAAUGCUGCCAUGAAGCCGUUGUCCGCUUUGGUCCUGAUCGACGUGGCCAAAUCCCUGCACAUCAUCCACCCUCACGCCAAGGAACUCGCGGUGGAUGAGUCCUUUUCGAUCAUCACUCCCCUUGUGAUUGAUUUCAUCUUGGGUCAAGUGGUUUUUGGACCAUUGAUCACCACUUGUUGGCGAGGGGCAUGGAUCGGCUUCAACCUUUUGCUCGACAAUCAUCUCUUCCCGAAUCAUCCCGACUUGAACACGGCCGGAUGUGUGAUCUUGGGUGUAUCCGGGAUCAAUCUGAUGACCUAUGUCCCAGCUUUGUUCCACUACUUUUGUGAAGAUUUCAAAUCGGGAUGGGUUUUCUUUGCUCUAUCCCGCACGUUUACGAUUUUGGCCUUUGGAUCGGGAAUGAUUUUGUGGAAAGGCUGGUGGGACGUGUGUUCCAUGUCUGGGGCCAGUUGGAAUCAAGGGUUGGCCUUUUUGGGAGUUGGAAUGGUGAUCAUGAUGUGCCUGGGCAACUCCCGAUCGAAUAUUGGGUUUCCUUUGGCCAUUCGUGUGGAUUCGCGGGACAAGUAUUUCCAUUUGAAUGGUUUCACCCUUUUGGAUCCCAAAACCACAGAGUUCUCAAAUCAAUGGGUCUUCCUCUUCACCGUUAUCAACCUCAUUCUGACAACCUUCAGUGAGGUCCUGGUCAUCUCUUGUUGGUUUGGCGUUUGGACCAUUGAGGAUAGCUUGUCGGCAAGUUGGGUCGGAUCUGGAUCCCUUGGAGAGGCCUUUGCGUCGUGUUGUAUUGGAGUUUCAGUCGCCACUUUGACAUUCUCGGUCCAAUUUUGGUUCCUGCAAGUGUUGGGUCCAACUUCGAACGAGAAUGAUAUCCGGAGUGCAGUGCUUCAUUUUUGUGCCAAUCAAGUUCUAGCCUCAUUGGGGCUGGUGGCCACAGUCAGCAAUUUAAGAGGAAUUUGGUAUUUGCUGGACUUGAUCUUGCCAGAAGACACCUUCUCCUGGACUCUCUUGGGAUCCUUCGUGUUAGCUUUCUCCUCUUUGGAGUUACUGGGAAUAGCCACCACUCUCCAUGGAGGGAUCAUUCAAGAUCCAAAGCCCGGGGAUCCAUUCCUGAUUCAUGGAUUCUACACCACAUACUUUUACAUGAACAAGCUCAAAUUUCAAUGCAACUCGAAAAACCCCGAGUUAUACCUUGAUCUAAAUGGAAGAGCGCCAUUGGCGUCAAGUGAUACUGAAACCCCGAUGACCGAGAUACCAAUCAAACCAUGAUGAUCGAGACAGCUCAAAGUGAACAUGUCAAGAAAAUAAUUGUAAACUUGCAAACCCACUCCAAUGGGUAUUAGAGUGCGGCGUCCUCUUUUGUCAAAUAUUCUGGAAAAUCUAGUCCAAAUAAAUAUUCU